AAUUUAUUUCAUUUUCAUCCCCAAACAAAAACAGCAACAUGUUCCCAGAUUCUUUCUUCCCAUUCUCCCCAAGUCAAUAGAAAAUGUCAACAAAUCCUACAAUAGAUUCUUGCAUAGUUGAAACCAGUGAUGGGGUCAAACUCCAUACCACGAUCUUUAAACCAAACCCAUAUAAACAAGAAGAAGAAGAAACAUUAAGUGAAGAAAUAAGCAAAAAGAAUUCAUGGGUAGUAGUUUUAGUUCAUCCAUAUUCAAUAUUAGGUGGUUGUCAAAGUCUAUUAAGAGGAAUAGCAAGUGGUUUAUCAAGAAAAGGGUAUAAAGCUUUGACCUUUGACAUGAGAGGUGUUGGAAGAUCAAAAGGGAAACCAUCUAUUACUGGUUUUAAAGAAAUUAAGGAUGUUGUGGCUGUUUGUAAAUGGGCUGUUGAAAAUCUGUCUAUUAACAAGAUUUUGUUGGUUGGUUCUUCUGCAGGUGCACCAAUAGCAGGUUCUGCGGUAGAUCACGUUGAACAGAUUGUGGGUUAUGUAAGUAUUGGUUACCCUUUUGGUUUAUUGGCAUCAGUCCUCUUCGGUCGACAUCACAGAAACGUAUUAAAGUCACCUAAACCAAAGCUCUUCAUCAUGGGGACACAAGACGGAUUCACCAGUGUUAAGCAGCUGAAAAACAAGCUUAAAUCUGCAUCAGGACAUGUCGAGACUCAACUUAUUGAAGGUAUUGGCCACUUUGAGUUGGAAGGCUCUGCCUAUGAUUCUCAAAUGGUAAUUUUUAUUGUGGAAUUCAUCAACUCUUUGUAAUCCUCAAGCUGUUGUUGCAUGGGAAGUUUUAGGCAAUAUCUUGUAAUGGUGCUUUCUGGGAUGGUCUUCUGAUGACCUUCCUCCGAAUGUAUAUGUGGAAGUACGCUAUAAUGAUCCGGAGAAACGUGUGGUUGCUGAACCCGUUGGGAUGACAACGUGUGUCAUUGUUAGUUGGGGUUGAUUUUUUUUUUUUUUUUGGGGGGGGGGGGGGGGGAUAAGUUAUGGUAAAGGGUGUCUACUGCUUUCAUGAUCCUAAGUUGUAUAUUUUAGUUGCAUUCUGUCAAUCAUCUAUGUAUGAGCUAUAAUAGUGUCCGUGCAUUUAGAACAGCCUGCAGCUUGGCUAGAAGAGGAACAUCUUUUUUUUUCUUCUGUUGUCUAGAAGAAAAUAUAUAUAAUUAGUUCGGGAUUGAGGCUUAGUUGUUGUUGCUUGAUAUUUAUCAGAGAAAAAAGAACGAACGAAUCUUGUAUUAACAACAUCAUACCCGGUGUAAUCUUAGAAAUGGGGUCUUGGAAGGGUAGGAUGUAUGCAGACCUUACCCCAACCGUUGUGGGGUAGAGAGGUUGUUCCCGAAUCUUGUAUUGUUCAGAAAAAUUAUAUUUUGUAUUUUGCUUUCCAGAUAUAUGAUGAUGAUGAUGAUGA